CGGCCGGUCUGAGGCUGGGCCCGGCUCAGGCGGGCUCGGCUGGACUCGGCUCGGCUCGGCCGGACUCGGCUCGGCUCGGCUGGACUCGGCCAGACUCGGCUCGGCCCAGCUCGGCCCGGCCCGGCUCGGGCGGGUCCGCGGCGCCAACAUGGUGUGAGGGGCGGCGGGCGAGGGCGGAGGGGCCGAGCCGGAGCCAUGAACCUGCUCCCGGCCAACCCGCACGGCAACGGGCUGCUGUACGCCGGCUUCAACCAGGACCACGGAUGCUUUGCAUGUGGAAUGGAAAAUGGAUUCCGAGUUUAUAAUGCAGAUCCCCUCAAAGAAAAAGAGAAACAAGAGUUUGUAGAAGGUGGUGUUGGCCACGUGGAGAUGUUGUUUCGUUGCAACUAUUUAGCACUGGUGGGUGGAGGAAAGAAGCCCAAGUACCCACCCAACAAAGUCAUGAUCUGGGAUGACCUGAAGAAGAAGACUGUCAUUGAGAUCGAGUUUUCUACAGAGGUCAAAGCAGUGAAGCUGCGAAGGGACAGAAUCGUGGUCGUCUUGGACUCGAUGAUUAAAGUGUUCACGUUCACACACAAUCCCCACCAGCUGCACGUCUUUGAAACCUGCUACAACCCUAAAGGUCUCUGUGUCCUUUGUCCAAAUAGUAAUAACUCUCUUCUUGCAUUUCCUGGGACACACACUGGGCACGUGCAGAUCGUGGAUCUGGCCAACACGGAGAAGCCUCCCGUGGACAUCCCGGCCCACGAAGGAGUCUUGAGCUGUAUUGCUUUAAACCUGCAGGGAACAAGAAUUGCAACAGCAUCAGAAAAAGGGACCCUCAUAAGGAUAUUUGAUACUUCAUCAGGGCAUUUAAUCCAGGAGCUACGUCGAGGAUCACAGGCAGCCAAUAUAUACUGUAUUAACUUCAAUCAGGAUGCUUCCCUCAUCUGCGUCUCCAGUGACCACGGCACAGUCCACAUCUUUGCUGCAGAAGACCCUAAAAGAAAUAAGCAGUCAAGUUUGGCCUCUGCCACCUUUCUCCCCAAAUACUUCAGUUCCAAAUGGAGUUUUUCCAAAUUCCAGGUUCCCUCAGGCUCUCCGUGCAUUUGUGCCUUUGGAACAGAGCCAAACGCUGUCAUAGCGAUAUGUGCGGAUGGCAGCUACUACAAGUUCUUGUUCAACCAAAAAGGGGAAUGCUCAAGGGAUGUGUACGCUCAGUUCCUAGAAAUGACAGAUGAGAAGCUUUGACUGGUGGAGGGGAGUGCACGAGUCCCAGCCCUGCCUCGGCCACUCCACACCUGAGGGACAGUUCUGAACGUCCAGUACCGAUGCAGAAGUUCAGCAGAGCUCACAGAGAAGCCUGGCCCAACAUGAUCACAAGCAGCUCUGAAGUAGUGGACUACAUAUGUUUGUUCUCAUUUCUGCAAGUAUUCAUCAUUAAAAUCUCUUUGGGUUACUGUCACCAA